ACAGAUAACCUCUAUCAUUUGUAUAUGCGAAGAAGUAGCACCGUGAAUAGACCGCAAAUUUGAUGUAUAAAUAAAACAUCUACAAAUAACAUCUUCAUUUGAUUGAUGCAACAAGUCAAACUUAAAAUCAUCAGACGAUCGACCGAAUAAUGAAUAACUAAUCACAAUUUUAAUUUUUCAACCAAACGCAAGGCAUUUCAUAGAACUUUGGAUAAAAAAUAAUUUGAUCGGAAAAAUUCUUUCAAAAUGAAUCCUAAAAGUGUCAUCGUCUUCGUGUACGUAUUGUUAUUUUGCAUCUUGUUUGUUGAAAGUAAAGCUGAUAUAGGACAAUUUUACUUUGCGCCAAUCAACCCCAAUGUAGAGUUAAGAACUUUUCAUUUUAGCGGUGCGCUUGCUUAUCUUUCACAAGUAGCACAUUAUUCACCAGGUAUUUGUUAUACAAUUUAUGACUAUAUGACGAAUUACAAAUCAAUACGUUUAGAUGAAAGCUCUGUAUCUGGAAUAGAUUUUUUUUCGAAUGAAGCUUGCGCUGACACACCAAGUAUAACAUAUGAUCGUGUAGAUAUAAAUUAUAAAUACGAAGGUUCAACAUACAAGUCCUUUAAGGCAUGUGGAUCAGUAGAACCCGAAUAUUUUCCAGUUUUGACAUUAAACUUUUCGAAAACUAACAAUAUGAAACAAAGUUUUUUCUUGAAAAAAGGAGAAGGCGAAGGAAUCAAAUUGGAAUACGAACACGGUACUUGUAAUGAUUUAUUUAAGAAUAGUACACAUUUCACUCAAAUAACUCUCGAUGAUAAAACGAAGACACGAUGUGUGGAAUUUUAUCGUAACGUCUUUUGCAUUGGAAAUGAAGAUGCAAUAUACACUAAUAAUUCUAAAAUAUUUACUACUGUUGAUUUAACGUUAUACAGGAGUUUUAAGUCUUGUAAGUUUAUCGAAGAAUCGCAUCCUGAGACUCCAAUUGAAUUUAUGAACAUUUUUGAUUCAUUAUCGGAUCGUGUCAUAUCACAACAUUUACAAGGACGUAGUUUACGCCAUAACUCGGAAUUUGAAUUUUGGGCUUUAUUUAUUUUUUAUACUAGAGGUAUAAACGGAGUUUGUAAUGGAUUAAUACCGCUCUAUAACACGGCUCCUACUGGCUUCAUUUCAUGGGAAUUUUUAUUGCCGACUUUUUAUCGAGGUAUAAGAAUAGGUGAAGGUUACGAAAUAGCUUUAAACAUAGUAAUAAAUACCAUAAGUGAUUUCGAACUUAGUCCUAGCAGUUCUUCAUUUUACAUACGUCUGUAUGAACUUGCUUUAGAUGUUGUGCAGCAUCGUACUACUCAAAUGAAUCCAUAUUCACCAUUUCAUCAACAUGUAUGUACAAAUAGUAAUAGAGAUUGCGGGUCAUAUUUGCGACACGAACUUAUCCUUUCAUUGUGGACUGUAAUAUCCGAUAUAAUGUACAGACUUCGUUACCGUUUAAAUCGGAGAGAUGAUCUAGUUACAAGUGAUUAUGUUGUUAAAGAAUUUGAAAAAAUCAAAACUUUAAAUCUUUGUAAUAAAAAUUUACAUUAUGAUUCAAAAACUUCAUUGAAUUAAAAAAAUUUAAUUAAAAACAUAUUAGUCAAUUAAUUUUUUUAUAAAUUAUUGUAGAACCAUUUGUAAACAAAAAAAAAAAAAAUAAAAUAUUGUACAAUUAUCCAAUUUUAACCAACGAUUUACAAUGAUAAUAUUGUAACGAAAAAUGUUUCCUAAUAAAUGUUUUUUAUAAUUUAUAA